AUGAAGACUCCACAACUCAAAUCCAAGGAAAGAUAUAUUGUAGUUGAUAAAUAUCCAGCUGCCAGAAAUGUUUUACUUCAUUCACUUCCUCAGAAUCCUUCGUUCACUUCUAGACUUGUUCAAUAUGAUCAUGAUUUUGCUAUCCAUGUUGGUGCUGAGCUGGAGAUCAUCCAAGAUUGCUCUUGGAUUAGUAAUGAUUCAGCUCAAGUAGUGGACAAUUCACAAGACAAAUAUAUUGUAGGAUCUGGUCUCUUGUUGAGAAAGAAUGGGAAAUACUUCUUCAUGCAAAAUAAGGCCUCAAUUGGAAAGGUUAUGUUUAUUUUCACAAUUCUUGAGCUUGACGUAUUUAAAAGAGAACUGGACGAUGAAGUGAAGGAGUUACUUCAGAAAUGUGUUAAACAAUUUGAGGGAGAAGAAUUAGAACAUUUGAAAGAUGCUAUCAAUGGUGGGGAUUCAUUUUCCCAAUUUUUAUUCAAAGGCAGAAAGAAGGAAAAUGUAAAACAUUUCUUUGAAAA